AUGAGACAAUACGCACCACCACAACAACCGAUGUAUUAUCAACAACCAGUACAGCCUAUCUAUAUUCAACAAGCUCCUCCUCCACCGCCAAGAGAUAACUGUUGUUGCGGUUGUUGUAACUGUUGUUGUGUAUGUUUCGAUGUGAUUUCAAAAGUCCUCUGUUGUCUAUGUCUGUGCGAAAUAUGUUGCACAUGA